UGACGGAGCUGUUUCCCCUUCCUGCUUCAAAUGCUUCUAGAAGCACAUGGGGCCUCUCUGGAUGACUGCUCCAUGGCUGCAUCUGCUGAGCUCCCCUGAGACCCUGCGCUCGGGCAGAAUCUGCUUGCUGCAGAGGGAAGAGAAAGGCCACGCUGCCAGGCUGGGACUUUUUAGAAGAUGAGCAAAAUGAUGGUCUGGCUCCAUUCCUGCUUCUCCUUUUGCUGGAUUUAUUUUGCUACUUCUAGACUGAGAGCUGUAGAAACGGCAGAUGGAAAAUAUGCUCAGAAGUUGUUUAAUGACCUUUUUGAGAAUUAUUCCAAUGCUCUUCGUCCAGUAGAAGACACAGAUAAAGUUCUGAACGUCACCCUGCAGAUUACACUUUCUCAGAUUAAGGAUAUGGAUGAAAGAAAUCAAAUUCUGACUGCCUAUCUAUGGAUUCGCCAAACAUGGCACGAUGCGUAUCUCACGUGGGAUCGAGACCAGUAUGAUGGCCUGGAUUCCAUCAGGAUUCCCAGUGACCUGGUGUGGAGGCCAGACAUUGUCCUGUAUAACAAGGCUGAUGACGAGUCUUCAGAGCCUGUAAAUACCAAUGUGGUCCUGCGGUACGAUGGGCUCAUCACCUGGGACGCACCAGCCAUCACCAAAAGUUCCUGUGUGGUAGAUGUCACCUACUUCCCCUUUGAUAACCAGCAGUGCAACCUGACUUUUGGUUCCUGGACCUACAACGGCAAUCAGGUGGACAUAUUCAACGCCCUGGACAGCGGGGAUCUCUCUGACUUCAUUGAAGAUGUGGAAUGGCAGGUCCGUGGCAUGCCUGCUGUGAAGAAUGUGAUCUCCUACGGCUGCUGCUCCGAGCCUUACCCAGAUGUCACCUUCACCCUCCUUCUCAAGAGGAGGUCCUCAUUCUAUAUAGUCAACCUCCUCAUCCCUUGCGUCCUCAUAUCUUUCCUAGCUCCCUUGAGUUUCUAUCUCCCAGCAGCCUCGGGGGAGAAAGUCUCCCUGGGAGUGACCAUCCUGUUGGCCAUGACUGUGUUUCAGCUAAUGGUGGCAGAGAUCAUGCCAGCCUCAGAAAACGUCCCUCUGAUAGGAAAAUACUACAUCGCCACCAUGGCCUUGAUCACAGCCUCCACGGCCUUGACCAUAAUGGUGAUGAAUAUCCACUUCUGCGGGGCUGAGGCCCGGCCAGUGCCUCACUGGGCCAGGGUGGUCAUCCUGAAGUACAUGUCCCGGAUCUUGUUUGUCUAUGACGUGGGGGAGAGCUGCCUCAGCCCUCGCCACAGCAGGGAGCGGGACCACCUCAUGAAGGUGUAUGGCAAACUCCCAGAGUCAAACCUGAAAACAGCCAGGAACAAAGACCUUUCCAGAAAGAAGGAAAUGAACAAACUCUUUAAAAAUGACCUGGGGUGCCAGGGUGAGAACCCACAGGACACUGACAGUCACUGUGCACGGUAUGAAGCGCUGACGAGAAAUAUCGAGUACAUAGCCAAGUGCCUCAAAGAUCACAAGGCCACCCACUCCAAGGGGAGUGAAUGGAAGAAGGUUGCGAAAGUCAUAGACCGGUUUUUCAUGUGGAUUUUUUUCAUUAUGGUGUUCGUGAUGACUAUUUUGAUCAUAGCAAGAGCGGAUUAGGAGAUAUUUGAUACCAGGGAGAAGUUAAAAAAAAAUCCUUAUGAUCUACUCCAAUGUUCUUUCAAGUCAGAUUGUUGUUUAAACGUAGUUUAGAGGUUUUGCCAUUUGUACUUUCUAUUUUUAACUUCAAGUCCAUAUUGGAGCUAUCUAUCAGGUUAAAAGGAGAUCCAAAAUUUCCAGGGUGGAAAGCUGGAGGAAAUAAGGAAGGACCCCUUUUACAGCCUUCCAGAAUUUUGGGUGACACCUCUAACUGACAUAAUUAUUCACCUCUUUUGCUGUGCAGAUAACAAAGCACCUCAAAUUACUGUUUAAAGGAAAAAGCAAAGCAAAACAAGACAAACUCAUUUUCCCAUUCUCCCCUUAGUUCAUAUUAAAAUAUGCUUUUGUUGUUGUUGGAAAAGUCUUCCUUUAGUUUGAUGUAAUGUUCUCUAUUAGACUUUUCUUUGACUUGGGCUGGCAUCACGGUUAGCUCUGACAAAGGGCUUCUCUUGUACAAGUAUUUUCCUCCUUGUUCCCUCUUUUGUCAACUCACCUUCUAAAACAUGCUCUUAAAUAUUAACAUUAACAUCAUGUAAACCUGAGUCUCAGUGGUAACUCUGCUAGACAAGGUACAUUUUAAGCCAAAUCUCAAAUGGUGGGGAAAGGUUUUGUCCUGCAUGAAGUCUGAGGGUCAGCAAUCAGAAAGGGAAGAGAACUUCUUCUAAUGGUGAUGCCACAUAUGUUGGUUAUGGUUUAGGGUUAUAAACCCUAAAGAUGAGAUCAUUCCCACAUUGACUUUCAUUAAAAUAAGAUAAAUGAAGUUGUU